CAUCUGUUGUUGCCUUUCCCAGCAUCACCUGCCAGUUCCUACAUUGUUACGGAGGGCGUGAGGCCAAUAAGCUUCCAUGUGCAAAAGCCAGGGAAGCAGAAAAGCACUGAGUUGUACCAUGUUAAUCUGGUUCAAACUGUUACCUGCUUCCUCCAUUCUCAGAACUGUCUAUCAAUAUCUGGUGCCCAAAUCAGAAACAUGAAAGUAUCUCCUGACAUCAGGUGCCGCACAUUGCACUGCAUCCUUCACCAUCAUCACCACCUGGACAAAUAGAAGAAGAAGAUACCUAGCUUUAUUAGCAACGAUUUGUCUUCCCUAAACAUACUGUAGGCAAAUUGCUCCAUCCUGGAAGCCUUUUCACAAGAGCUCAAAACUUAAUCAAAAUCCUAAAAUCUUAUUGUUUCCAGGUGUAAAAUAUAUCACUACAAAAAUCUAAUUUAAAUGUGAAAAUGAAUUCACAAGCAGCACUUGUCUAGUUAGCUAGCCAAUUUACUAUUAUAGUCUGUAAGCCUUUGGAGAGUAAUAACUCAUGCUGUGUGUUUUUUGUCAGUGGAGGUACUUUAUUAAAAACCUCUUAGGUGAUGCUUAGGGGAUGUAAUGUUGUAUGACAAGGAAAUUUGUUAAUUUUUCAUGGCUUUCUGCUGGAUCGUUCACAAUUUUAAUCUUGCUUUCAAUGGCUAUCUAGGUGAUUUUUACCUUCUGAGCUGUGCAAUUUAUACUGCAUUUAACUACAGUACAUUUCUGUGCACUUCUGUAUAAUUCAAUGUGCAGCAAUAACAUAAUCAAAAAAAAAAAAUUUUUAUCGCAUAUGAACAACCAAAAAGAUUUUUAGUGUUUGUAUUAUCUGCAAGAGACGUAUAAGGAACAGUGAUAAACAACCGCUCAAGGUAAUAUUUAAAUGAGCAAAAAUGCAUGUUAAAAGCUUCCAAAAUAGAUAAUAGUUUCGACACUGAGGUUCAUAUGUCCCUUUUUUUAAGUUUUGUUUUUGUGAGCGAGCACAGUUCCACCAUCGCACCUGAAACCACAAGAGGCCGGUUUCCCCCGCUGUGGGUUGCUGACCUUUUUAGCAGCAGAAAAACAGGUGACUGACCUCCAGAAUACAGAAUGAAGCAGAAGAUACAGAUUGGCCACAUUUUGAUGGUGUCAGUGUUGCUGUCGCUUGUAUCUUCAGAACUGACGUGCCACACUGACUACUUGGAUGUCAUUACAUGUGUUUGGAACACUUCGUCCAUGGAAGACAGAUUUCACAUAACACCAACCACCAACUGCUCCCUGCACAGCUUUUACAAUGUUGCCCCGAAACCUGAAAUACCUCAAGGUGUCCUGGAGCCUUUUGGAAGCUCACAGACAGAACAACGUAUAGGAACUCUUCAAUUUUCAAAAAAAAAAAUUUUGACGUCCGGUCCCCUAACUGUCCAAUUGUCUGUGUCUUGUGAAAGCAUGAUAGUAGAGACUUUACAUGAUUUUGAUCCACGAGAAAAUGUUAAGUUGUAUGCUCCUGAAAAGCCAGUCGUGGCAGGACCGAAUGUCACCUGGCAUCGUGGCUCUCCUCAUUCUAAAAGAGUCAAGGAUGUGAAGUAUGAGGUUCAGUGGGGUUUACUCAACAAAAACUGGGAGACUCACCCAGUGGCAACUACAUCUGAUGAGAAGUGUGAGUUACCAGAGGACAAGCUUAUCCGGGGGAAGGAGUAUGUGAUCAGGGUUCGAUCCAUUCCUGUAAGGUCACCACGAUUCUGGAGCGAGUGGAGUCCAGUUACUCAGUGGACAUCGACUGUGGGUGAAGAACCUCCACCUGAUCCUCCUAUACCAGAGAUAUUUAAAAAUUUAACCAGCCUUGCUAUACUCACAACAGUGGCAAUCAUUUUACUUGCUUUUUUCUGCUUCCCACGGUACAGAAGGAUUAGAAAGUGUCUGUUUGUGCCCUCGCCUGGGAAAUAUUUUGGUGAUCUUUUCUCUGACCAUGGCGGGGACUUUAAGUCAUGGCUGGGUCCUAUUGUGAAUCCUGAGAUGUAUAUCAUUGCUGAUUCAGAAUGCAUCUCACCUGUGACAAUCUACAAAGCCUGCAACUCUGAUUUGCUUUCCAAAAAAAUGGAAAAAGACAGCAACCUAAAAGAAAGCAACACCUCCAGUUUCUCCAACUCUACUUAUUUUCUGUCCCAGAGCUCAAAAUGUGCCAUCGUAGAAGAUGAGCUGGAGCCAUGUUCAGCAGAUUGUCCCUACGGACCAUCGGGAGGAGGCAGUGUACAAGAGAAAAUGCUGCCAGCCAUUGAUGAUAACAGCCAUGACUUUGAACUGAGCGAGGUCAGCAUGAGCACCCCUUUAGAAACGUGUUCUUCCUACAAGCAGCUACAGAAGCUGCGGCUGGACAUCCAGAGCCCGGACUCCGGGUUCGCUGGCAGCUCCGAGGAACAAGAAAGCCAGGAGGAGUCUGGAAGUGAAGGACUUCCCAGCCCGCCAGUGGUGGACAACACUCUGCCCCUCAACUGCAUCCUACCCUGCCCCAUGCCCCAGCUGAUAGGAUUACCUCAUCUAGGAAUCCCACCUGGCCUGGCAUGGAGCCCAUGGAAUAACCAAGCCUUCACAACCCUGCCUCAUGGCAUCUCUAGGAGUGUUUUUUUGGAAAAUUCUGGCGUCAUGGCUUGCUCUGGAAUACUGGAGCCCGCUAGUGAUGAUUAUAUGCCUGUUAAGAAGGUUUAAGCUUGAUCUCAUGUGGCACAAGUAUUCACAAACCCAGAAAAUAGGACAGGAACAAUGUUCAAUGGGAAAUGAACAUUGAAUGAACUCUGCCUACUUUUCUACUUUAGUCUUUGAAUGUUUUUUUUUUUUUUUUAUGUUUGUGCUCAUAUUUAUCUGUUGUUUCUAUUUUAGAAAAACAUGAACAUAAUUUACUGAAGCAACAUGAAUAUUUCUACUUUCUGACCUUGCUUUGGCAUUCUACCUACAGUAGAAUUACUAUUCUAGGGUUAGAACUUAGAGUUAGGAACCCAUUUAACAACUGCUGUGGUAAAUGUAGUCAGUCAGUAUCAAAAUGUCUAAACUCUUGCUAGCCAAGUGUGUUUUUCUAAUGCAAUGAAUGUACUGUAGCAAACUGGACAAAAGUCUGAGCUGACUUUGUGAUCAAGUAAGGACAGUCAAAAUGUCUGCAAUUAUCCUGUCCCAGAACAGAGACGAGCACUAAACCUAUAAUUCCUUAGAAUUUAUGUUAGGCAUCCGUCACAUAUUAUAAAUAGUGCCAAUUGGACCAUGUGAUUGGUUUUGCCAGCCCCACAUACAAUAUUUUUUUAGUAAAUUACUGUAAAUAAAACUACCUUUAAAAAUAAAACCCUACCACAGGUACUUGUCCACCUACUGGUAGGCUAACACUGUUCAUACAGGUGUGCGAUUAUACCCAUCUAUCUAUCUGCCUAUAUCAAUGCAAUCAACCUAAAUAAAUGAAGCUAUUUUGUUCUUGGCAACAAUAUAAAAUUUUUAUGAAUUGUUGUAAACAGUAGUGGAAACCACAAACCACCAUGUUCAACAAUAUAUGUUUUUAUACAGUAUUUUCAUAGAUAUUUUUCUGUUUAACUGGAAUUUAGGAUUUAGCAGUAUUUUUUUAUUUUUUUGUCUUUGUAUAAUGCCAUUUGUGUUAUUGUUAAUUGUUUUUGCCUAUGUAGAUUUUUCAUGGGCAAUAUCUGUUGAAUAUCAUGUAAUUGUGAAAGGAUGAACACCGACAGCCUUAAUGUUUAAUAGAAAGUCAGUCACACUUUUAAUUAGCUAAGCAUCACUUCUCGGUAUAAAUGGACUUAGGAAUAAUUGAACAGGGACAUUUGCAGAAAGUGUGUGUGUGUGUGUGUGUGUGUGUGUGUGUGUUUUUGUCCUGUGCUGCUAUAAAAAAUAUAUAAAACAAUACUAUACAACUGUGACAGCAUUGUAUUUGAAUUGUUUAUGAAGAUUGUUAACUGCUAUCUUGAGGGAAUGAUAGGUAAAAAGAAAGAAUAGUUCUGUUCUCUUGGUGCAUGUCUCCUUAAGACCUCUGGGAGGAUGCUCUGGCGUCAAGGUUGUUGGCAGCAGAUUCUUUGGGUGCUGUGGGUCGGACUUGAUUGCACGGUGGGCUGUGGUGCAUUGAAUGUUCUGGUGCCUUUCCGUCAUGGCCAGCAUGGAUUUCUUUAUGCAAGAGCUACAUUGCCUUUUCCGUCACCAGUUCACUGGUAUAUAAUUGAUAAUGAAUGGUAACAUACUAAUGUUAUGGCCAAUCAGUGUUGUCUGGCAUCCAUUCAUCCCAAUUCAAUUAUCAAUUGGAGACCAAUAACUUGCUACCAAGAGAUCCAUUGCUUCCAACCUACCUUCAUGCCUGCUCGCAUCAAAGAACAAUUCCCAUUGUUGAGGAACAUAAAUGCAGUUCCUCAGUUUCACGUAGUUUACAUCCAUUCAUCUAUCUUCCAAUCAUCUAUCUAAACAACAAGCCAUUCAGGGAUCCAUCUAUUCAUCAAAGAAUGCAAAAAACCCUACCGACUUUUCAUUCAUCUAAUGACAUCACUGUUGGCAGUUCUGCUUGUUGCUUUGCCCUUUUUUGGAUCUUAAAUAACUUAUCUACACUUUUUGGAGUUUGUGGUUGGCACUUUGCUUACACAGCUGAUUAGGUAGUUUUUCUUUCUCAGAAACGUUGUCUAUCACUUCGAAUAGUGUGAGUUCAAAUGACUAUUCAGCAGGCAGAAAUGACAGUAAGAGGUUUGGUUUCCUUUCAACGAGUCUUCAGACUACUCUGGGUUUUCCUGAAUGAAGCAAUAUUGUGAGCAAAGCUUUUGCUGAAGUGUAGAGCUGUCUGUUUCACUAGAAAAAAAAACAGGUAUACUGACUGGAGACUUGAAUGUAAAUGAAAAAGAAAGUGCUUGGUAGUGGAAAAUGUCCUACAUACAGUAUAGCUAGUGUGUUUCUUAAAACACGGUAAAGGGAGAAAAUAUGCUAUUUGAGCGAAGAUCAAAAAUUCAACACUCAACACUUACCAUAGUGUGUAACAUUGUGUCAUAGUUACUACAGAAACCUUUCAUGUGACGGAACUGAAAUAAAAGUCCCCUCGGCUUACUUAUCCUUUCCAUUUUUCAGCUAUCUAUCUGCAGGCUUUUUUUGGUCAGGAAGAAGCUUUGCUGAUCUCAUCUUUUCUUCAGGAAACAGAAACUUAGAAACAGUCUACAGUCAUGGCUAUGUCUAAAGUUAUGGGUAUAAAGACUUUAAAAGUGGAAUAAUCUGAAAAAGUUACAGUUUAAUAACUGUACAAUCCAAAACUCCAGAUUUCAUUAGAUGAAACAGUUAUAGAAGCAUCUUUAUAUUCAUAUUUUCAAUAUACUGUACUGCCAUGUAGUACGUAAAGGGCCGUGCAAAGAUUCAAUUGUAAGAAUUUACAAAAAUAGACAGGACAUUAUUUCAUGCUAUAUGGGAAAUAUUGUUUUGUCUUUUCAAGUUUUGUCUUGAAUGGAUAAGCAUCUGAGAUGACAUGCGUUUUUUUCUUAAUAUGGCAUGGCAAUGAACUAAUAAAUUAAAGUUAAUUGUAAUGUAGCUUUCUCCUCCUCCUCCGUCUUAUUAUUAUUAUCAUUAUUUUCUUAUUAUUAUUAUUAUUAUUAUAGAUUACUUGUAUGUUACUUAUAUGUUAUACUGUAAUUCGACAUAUUUUAUGAAACCCGCAGAUUUCAUGUGUAUUUGGUUUGAAAUUUGUUUUAAAGAUGACAUUUCAUAGGUUGUCUCCUUGCUACUUGUUGUCAUCAGUUAGAGAUUGAUCCAGACUAUGCAAGUACACAAUAAAUAGGAAGAAUACUCAUAAAAAUGACGAGUGAUAGGGUUUACUGUCUUGGCCUUGCACGUCUAUUUAUAAAAAAUAACUUUUGAAAAUGAUCCAAGUCUGUACUUUUAGUAUGCUAAUUAGGCCCAACCUCCCUUCCAUGGUACUAAUCACAUUUAAGAUUCAAGAUUAAAAAAACUUUAUUAAUUCCAGAGGGAAAUUGCAAACCUGCAAUUGCACAUAACCUGAGACCUCAUAAUUUUCUUCAAAAAACCACCAUGGCGGACACAGAGCUAACUCGCAAAAAAAGUUGCACGUUUUUUAUGAAAUCUGACAAGAAAACUCUUACUUCACUUACUUGGGUUUCUGACAUCUUGUUUGCUUUGACACCUUGUCACAUGACCAUUGUAUUUGUAUACUCAUUAAUAUUGGUUGGAGUGCGGUGGUGGCAGGCAAAGUGGGGCCGCAUGGGCGGUGGCUCCUGCAAGCUUUCUCGAACCGCUUCUUUCGUUGAUUAACCAAGCCCCUUCCAGCUCUCAUUGGCACAGCGUCAGACAGGUAUCUCCCGUACAACACCUGCCUGGGCGGCUUUCCCGGCUGGAAACGGAGGUCUUGAAACGCCUUUGAAGUCCCUGGGGUGCAUAGCAUCACGCCUCUCGCAUGCCACUCGUCGCGUUUAGUGUUUGCCACCUGACUCUUCUGUGUACAUCUCCGGACCCUGAACUACACUCCCUGCCUUGUUUUUAUAGUUCAGAGGGAAGCCAGAGAUCCAUUGACAAUGAUUAAUCACCAACCGUUCCAGCCCACCUGCAGAAGGGGAGGCCGCCUACCUCGUGAAGCUCCUGAGUAAGCCAGAAGUGAAAAAAAAAAAAAGCACACACCACAUUGCCCCUCCCUCAACUCCAAGCUCACGAUCGCACUGGCACUGCCUGCCGUAUUUAAACCUCAGCAUCAUUAGGGAAUCAACCCAAAAUUAACCCCCAUGUCUGCAUUUUAUUAGGAAGAAAAGGGUUAAAAGAAGGGAGGAAGGCAAAAGGGGAAGCAGGUUUUGCCCCACUGACAAGCAGGCACAAGGCUGAUGAGCGGUGGAGGCGGGCAGAGUGGCACUUUUGAAGUCCCUGGGCUGCAUAGCAUUACACCUCUUGCUUGGCACUUAUCACUCAUUUAGCAUCUGCCACGCGAUUCUUCCCGAGCUACACUCUCCGUCUUGUUUUUAUAGCGUGAGAUACCAAGAUCCAUUAACGAUGAUUAAACACCAGCCAUGCCUGUUCUACACUCAAGUUUAUAUGUAAGGCAUACCAGAAUGGCAUAAUCAAUAAAAAAAAACAUGACAAUAAAGUAAAUGAGGAAAUUAUUCCCGUUUAACUCCCUUCUUAUGCAGGUCCAUUGGCAGUCCUUUUGUUUUCCCCAUAGUGCAGGAUCUAGCUAAGUCAGUGCAUCAUCUCAUAUGCACAAAUUACAAUUAUGAUUGUCACAGGAGUGGAAACUUCCCUAUAAUAGCCAUUUAAAUCAGUGUGUGUUUAUGCAGCCAAACAUAGGAUACAGGUAAUUUCAGUUAUCAUUUGGUUUUAAAAAGAAGUCAAACAACUAUGUGAUAAUAAAUCACUUUAUGUAACCACUAUUCUUAAAUAAGAAAAAAAUAUUUUGCAUUAUCAGUCAUAUCAGCUUAUAAUAGGCUUCAAUUCAUUGGACCAGUCACAUUCAGUUUUACAGUGUGACUAUAAAACCGUGUGCUAAGCUUCCUUUGCUUAGCCAGUAGGUAGCAAGAUAGAUCUGAUUUCUGAUUGAGUUAUAUUUAGACAGGCUUUCCAUCUGAAAAUACGGUCGAACAGGCUGAAAAUAUGACAAUGCAAAUUGCCUUUGUAAUACUGAAACUCCACUUGUGUCAAUCUGUGAAAAAUGAAAGGCAUGAAACGGAAUGGAAUCAUUAGGUUGUUUCCAGUUUGCAUAUUUAUAGAUGGUUUUGUAUGAGAGUAAAAGUUUACAGAUAUUACUAAGUUCCUAAGAGUUUAAGUAGGUUUUAUUAUUUAGUAGGCUCAUAAUACAUCAAACAACAAUAUCGUUAAAAACAUUGACAGGUACUGUUAUGUGUUGCACUAUGGUUCUAAAGAAUAUCCAAAUCAAUUGAAUUCAGUCACUAACUCAUUCUCUGUAUUGCUUAUCUGUACAGGGAGCCAAGUCAGGAGACACAGGGCACUAGGUGUGAUACACGGUGGGCAGGAUGCCCUUCCAUGCAGCGCACACACACUCAGGGCGAUUUUGAAACUUCAGUUGUGCAUGUCAUUGAACUAUGGAAAGAAACCAGUGUUCCCUGAAUAAACCCACUAAGCACACAUACUCAAAG